AUGAAAAGAGGAUUAACUAUUUCUAUUGAUAACAAAGUAUUUCUUGAGAACCAGAAUGAAGAACCAUCUGAUAUAUACGAAGCAUCAUUGGCUUCAAAUAAGCUGAAAAAACUGGAGUUCAAUGAAAGUGAAGAAACAGUAGUUGAAAGAGCAAAACCAGUUAUAACGUGUCAUUUUCCAACAGAAUGUAUGCAUCAGCCGUCAAGCUUUAUGUCUUUUUCGGCUUAUGAAGCACAUUAUCAAAAACAACAUUGUAAUGUGUGUUUUGAAUGUAGAAAAGUAUUUCCGUCAUUAAGAAUGAUGGAUCUUCAUAUUUCAGAAGUACAUGAUCCUAUUUUUUGUUUAAAAAAAGAGAAAGGAGAAAGAAUUUUUAAAUGUUUUAUUGAAAACUGUCAAGAAUUAUUUAUAAAUGUCAAAAAAAGAAAGAAACAUUUGAUGAGAGAACAUUUUUAUCCAAAAGCUUUUUCAUUUUUGGAUAAUAAUCAAUAUGAGUAUCAUUUCGAUGUGAUUUAUACAGGAAUUUCUUCAAAGGAUACAAGCCUUCUUGUCUCGAAGAAAAAUGUUAAAAAGAGACUAAAACCUGAAAAUCUUGAAAAAAUGGAUCAAGAUUUUGAAAUAGAAAAACUUGUUAAUAAAAUGACAUCUACUCGACUUGUUCCAUCAAGUAUACGGUUUGGAGGUGGUAGAAACAAAUAA